AGCACACGUGGGUUCGUGUAUAGUAGCCGAGAGAGCCCAGACAGUGAUAGGGUCUGAACGGAGGAUCGCCACGGCAGCUAGUUACACAGCUAAAGGUCUGAAGGUCAUGACUGUGCUGCACUUCUACAGGAAGGAGGUGGAGAGAGGGCGGAGCCUGCAGAGGGCCGCGCUGCUGUACCCCGACAUCAUCAUCCUCACCGAACACUGCUACAAUGUUGAGCUGAGUGGCCAUGAACCUCUCAGCCAAGAGCAGAAGAACAUCCUUUGUUGGCUGUUUGGUCCACCACUCCAGGCAAGGCAGCUGAAAGAGGAGCCCUUCCUGAAAGCUGGGCCGGGAGAAAGAUUGGUGGAGAUCGGGCCGAGGUUGAAUUUCUCCACUGCGUGGUCCACCAACGCUGUGUCCAUCUGUCAGAGUGCAGGCCUGAGCCAGGUCUCCCGUGUGGAGCUCUCCCGCAGGCUCCUCAUCAAGCCCAAAGAUGGACAGAAUGGGAGGAAGAGUGAAGAAGAGAUGGAGAAACUGAUCAGCAGUUUGUUCGACAGCAUGACCGAGUGCGUAUAUCCCCAUCCGAUUACGUCCUUCGCUGUGGAGACACGCCCCCAAGAGGUCUUUGAGGUGGACAUCAUGGGGAAAGGGCGGGCUGCCUUGGAGAAAGCCAAUGAGGAGCUGGGCUUGGCUUUUGACUCCUGGGAUCUGGAUUAUUACACUGCCCUGUUCCAGAGGGUGCAGAGGAACCCCACUAGUGUGGAGUGUUUUGACUUGGCACAGUCCAACAGUGAACAUAGUCGCCAUUGGUUUUUCCGUGGACACAUGACCAUCGAUGGACAGGAGCAGGAGGAAACUCUUUUCAGCCUUAUUAUGGGGACCCAGCGCCAUAGCAACCAAAAUAAUGUCAUCAAAUUCUGUGACAACAGCAGUGGGAUUGCAGGCAUGGAACUUGAGUGUGUGUAUCCCAGUGAUCCAGCACAGUCUAGUUCCUACGUGACUCGACGUACCACUCGACACGUCAUCUUCACUGCAGAGACGCACAACUUUCCCACAGGAGUGGCUCCUUUCAGUGGGGCGACUACAGGAACCGGGGGUCGGAUUCGAGACGUCCAGAGUGCUGGCAAGGGGGGUCAUGUCAUUGCUGGCACUGCAGGUUACUGUUUUGGCAACUUGCACAUACCUGGUUAUGUCCUACCCUGGGAGGAAGAAGGGUGGGAAUAUCCCUCCAGUUUUGCUCCUCCACUCCAGGUAGCUAUUGAAGCCAGUGAUGGAACCUCAGACUAUGGAAACAAAUUUGGGGAGCCAGUCCUUGCAGGCUUUGCCCGCUCCUUCGGCUUACGUCUGGCCAACGGGGAGCGACGAGAGUGGAUCAAGCCAAUCAUGUUCAGCGGAGGGCUGGGUGCCAUAGAAGACCAACAUGUAAAGAAAGAGGAUCCAGAGCCAGGGAUGGAGGUGGUGAAGAUUGGGGGGCCUGUGUACAGGAUUGGUGUCGGUGGAGGAGCAGCCUCCUCCAUACAGGUUCAGGGCGAUAACUCCAGCGCUCGUGACCUGGGGGCGGUGCAGAGAGGGGAUGCGGAGAUGGAGCAGAAAAUGAACCGGGCUCUGCGGGCCUGUCUGGAAAGACCCGGGGGGAACCCCAUCUGCAGCAUCCAUGACCAGGGGGCUGGGGGGAACGGGAAUGUUCUAAAGGAGCUGAGUGAGCCUGCUGGAGCAGUUAUCUAUGCCAGCAAAUUUAAGACAGGUGACCCCACUCUAAGUGUGCUGGAAUUGUGGGGGGCAGAAUACCAGGAAAGCAACGCUCUGCUCCUCCGUCCAUCAGACCGGGACUUCCUGGAGCAGGUGUGUCGCAGGGAGAAGUGCCCUGUGGACUUUGUGGGCAAAAUAACUGGGAAUGGCAAGAUUGUUUUGGUGGAUGAUCGCAGUGCACUAGGAGAACAAGGGGAUGGGGGGCGGUGUCCAGUGGACUUGCAUCUAGACUGGGUCCUGGGUAAGAUGCCACAAAAGGAGUUUGUGCUGGAGCAUGUGCCCCCAGCUCUGCAGGCCUUGACUCUGCCUUCAGGUCUGUCUGUCUUGAAUGCCCUGGAGAGGGUGCUGAAGCUCCCCUCUGUGGCCAGCAAGCGUUACCUCACCAACAAGGUGGACCGCUCUGUGACGGGACUGGUGGCCCAGCAGCAGUGUGUGGGCCCCCUUCACACCCCCCUGGCCGAUGUAGCAGUCGUGGCUCUCUCUCCAUUCAGCCUCCAGGGGGCAGCGACUGCGGUGGGGGAGCAGCCAAUCAAAGGGCUGGUAUCCCCAGCAGCAGGGGCCCGCAUGGCUGUGGGCGAAGCUCUCACCAACCUGGUCUUCGCUAGAGUCACCGCUCUCAAGGAUGUGAAGUGUAGCGGGAACUGGAUGUGGGCGGCAAAGCUGCCCGGUGAGGGGGCGAGUCUGUGGGAGGCAUGCCAAGCCAUGUGUGAGGUCAUGGGGAAACUGGGUGUGGCUGUGGACGGGGGCAAGGAUUCCCUCAGCAUGGCUGCCCGCGUGAACAAGGAGACGGUCAAAGCUCCCGGCUCUCUGGUGAUCUCCGUCUAUGCUGUGUGUCCUGAUAUAACUGCCACUGUCACCCCUGACCUGGAGGACCCUGACGGGAAAGGUGUGUUGCUGUAUGUACCUGUAUGCCCAGGUAAAUAUAGGCUGGGUGGAUCUGCCCUUGCCCAGUGCUUUGAGCAGCUGGGAGACUGCAGCCCUGACCUGGAGGAUCCGGACAAGCUCUCUGUCUGCUUCAAUACCACCCAGAAGCUCCUUUGUGACCGACUGAUAAGUGCAGGACAUGAUGUCAGUGACGGGGGGCUCAUUUCCUGCCUGCUGGAGAUGGCCUUUGCAGGGAAUCGUGGGUUAGAAGUGGACUUGCCUUUACAAGGGCCCGGAGUUGUGGAGGUGCUGUUCUCAGAAGAGUUGGGUCUGGUUCUUGAGGUGUCUGAGUCUAAUGUUGCCAGAGUGUGUCAAAGCUACGCAGAUGCAGGCCUCAUUUGUCACAGGAUCGGCAAAACCUGCGGGUUUGGACCAGAGUCUAUGGUUAAAGUACGAGUCUGUGGGCAGGAAGUGCUGAGUGAUCGUCUGCCUCACCUCAGGGCAUUAUGGGAAAGCACCAGUUUCCAACUGGAACGCCUUCAAGCCAAUCCACUGUGUGUGCGGCAGGAGGAGGAGGGGCUAGCCAGUCGUACUCAACCAUAUUAUAAGUUGACCUAUGACCCUGCUCAGACACCCAGUAUAAAAGAGCUUGCUCAAGGUCGCCCCCGAGUGGCAGUGGUACGAGAGGAAGGCAGCAAUGGGGAUCGUGAGAUGUCAGUUUCAUUGUUCAUGGCAGGAUUUGAGGUCUGGGAUGUCACAAUGCAAGAUCUGUGUUCAGGAUCCACCACCCUUGACCCCUUUAAGGCGGUAGUUUUUGUGGGUGGAUUCAGCUAUGCAGAUGUUCUGGGCUCAGCCAAAGGCUGGGCGGCGACGGUGACCUUUAACCCGCGCGCGCAGGCGGAAUUUGAGCGUUUCCGUCAGCGCAGUGACACUCUCAGCCUGGGCGUGUGUAACGGCUGCCAGCUGCUGGCCCUGCUGGGCUGGGUUGGAGGAGGAGAUGCCACAGAGCUGGAUGUGAUAUUGACACACAACAAGUCGGGCAGAUUCGAGUCUCGAUUUGUGAGCGUGGGAAUCCUGCCAUCACCUGCCGUUAUGCUGAAGGGGAUGGAGGGUUCGUCUCUGGGUGUGUGGGUGGCCCACGGGGAAGGUCUGGUGCAGUUCAGCUCUCCGCAGGCCCAGGACAGAGUCAUCGGUGGGUCCCUGGCUCCUCUGCGCUAUGUAGAUGACUCGGGGUCUCCCACUGAGCAGUACCCCCAGAACCCCAACGGCUCACCCCAGGGGGUGGCAGGGAUCUGCUCCCCAGAUGGGCGCCACCUGGCCAUGAUGCCCCACCCCGAGCGCACGGUGCUGUCUUGGCAGUGGGCCUGGGCGCCAGAGCCCUUCAGAGCUUCUCUGACCUCGUCUCCCUGGCUCACUAUGUUCAAGAAUGCUGCUGCCUGGUGCCAGACCGUUCAGUGAGCUGGACAGCGCAAGUGAUUAGGUGCAGGGCUAUUCAGCUGACAUCCUUGCACAAAAAAACAUCCUUAGUCAGACUGCAUUAGUGUCUUUAAGUGAGCAGCUAUCCUUGGUCUAGAUGUUUCUUCCUGUCUAAAUUAGAACUUGAUUCCGUGACUAAUUGUUUAUAGCCUGAGCUGAAGUGGAAUAAAAAUCUAGAACUGUUUUGAACUUGAAGUCAUGAACACCCCUGGGGGUACAGUGCCCAUCAGAGAGUGAAGCAUUCUUCCAUUUUCUGUUACAACUAGAUUCUGUUGUUACUAUAGUAACUACUAAGAGUUGCUGUGGUAUGUCUUCCUAUUCUAUUCCUAUGUUUUCUUCUGUUCCCCGAGUCGGUGGAUGAGUCAUGUUUCGGCAAGAUGAAAAAACUUUAGUGGUGUGCUUCAGCCUGUACCAUCAGAAAUGUCCUCUCUGCAUCUGUUUUCAUUAAAGCCAAUUUGUUACAUGCAUUUUUGUGUAAGGUGAGUGAGGACAGUGAGCAUAAUUCUGAAGGCAUUCCAUUUAUCACUAUAAAAAGACAUUCCGCUAACAGCAUUUGUUUCCUCACUGCAAACAAGAUGGUAGACACAUUUUAGCAGUUACAUCACCUGUAGAAAAAAUAUUCUGUCAACCACAACAGCUGCAAUAGGUACUUCACCAUUCAUGUUACUUCUAGUGAGGAGGUUCUGUAAGUGUUUCUUGGUAAAAACAUUGUGCUGCUAAGGAUCAUUAGAUCAUUAUGGUCCAUGGCAACAGCUGACUUGGCAAAU